AUGGCGAUCACAGACAUGUAUUCCCCCACCCCCAUCGCGCACUCUCAGUUUACGAUGGAACAAGUCAAGCGCCGACCGGACAUAUGGCACACGGCGAAGCCUGGCUCCGCCGCGGUCAUGGCGACUGUCGUCGGAAUGUGCGGCGCGAGCUCCCUCGUAGCUCUAGAACUCGAAUAUCAGGCCGGCAAAGACGAACGUCACUCAUGGGCGCCCAUUGUCCACCAGCCCGACAAUUGCGUCAUCCACAUCAUCGAUCACGUCCUCGACACCGACACAGACCCCAGGUCCGCGAGCGCAGAGGAGGCUUCUGCGUCGUCCUCUGCGUCGGUCGCGGCGACGGCGGAUGAGACCCCGACGGGCCCGAUUGGAUUCAGUGCGACGGGGUCGCUCGCGUCGGCGACGUCGACGGGCACGAGCAGCGCGCGCGUGUGCCCCAUGCGCCCCAACGCACUCCCCGUGUCUUCCAAAUAG